AUGUCAAACUACUACCAACCCCAACAAUCCUACGGCCCCGGCGCAGGAGGCGGCGGCGGCGGCGGAGGAGGAGGUGCCCAAAACCUCCAGUUCUACCCCUCCUCCUACUCCCCAGCCGGCGCCGUCUCGGGCCACGCAACCCCACAACAGGCCUCCUACGGCUACGGAGCCCAACCCGCCGCGGCAGGCGGCUUCGGCGGUGCGGCAGCCUUUGGCGCCCCUCCUGGCGGCGGCGUCGGUGUAUCGGGUCGCAUGGGCGAGCAGGGCGGUCUGCGCACGGGUUGGCUGGCGGCCUUUUCGACUGAAGGCUAUGAUGGCGAGCCGCCCUUGCUCGAGGAGCUUGGGGUCAACUUUGGGCAUAUUCAGGCAAAGACUCUGGCGGUCCUGAACCCCUUCCGCCGAAUCGACCAACACCUAAUGGACGACGCAGACCUCUUCGGUCCCCUACUCUUCGUCCUCUCCUACGGCACCUUCCUCCUUCUCUCCGGCAAAAUCCACUUCGGCUACAUCUACGGCCUCGCCCUCCUCGGAAGCACCUCCCUCCACAUAAUCCUCUCCCUCAUGACGCCCACCGACGCCCACCCCUCAACAGCACCCCAGGCACCCCAAUACGGCGGGCCCGUCUCCUCCGUCGGCGGAGGCUACCCCGGCGCCCCGGACACCCACCACGACCACCCGUCGCGCAACGCCGCGGGCCACUUCUCCUCGACCCUGACCUUCACUCGCUCCUCCUCCGUGCUGGGCUACUGCCUCCUCCCUCUGGUGGCCACCAGCGUGUUCGGCGUCUUUAUGCCCAUGGACACGCCCCUCGGUAUCGUCUUCACCACCAUGGCUAUCCUCUGGUGCACGUACUCCGCCUCGGGCAUGUUUUGCGCUGUUGGACGGAUGAGGGGUAUGCGCGGGCUGGUGGCGUACCCGCUUGCGCUAUUUUACGUCGGAUUCGGUAUCAUGGGUAUUUUCAGCUCUAGGGGCAGCGGCGGGUCUCUGGCCAAGGCGGCGGCUGGGCUGAAGGGUUGA